UAAUAUAAAAAUAAGACAAGAGUCUAUGCAAGUCCAACAGCGGAAAUCGUAGCCAAAGCCGGGGUCAAGAGCCAGGAAGAAUCGUCGCCAGAGCCGGGAUCAGGAGCCAGGAAGAAUCAUCGCCAGAGCCGAGAUCAGGAGCCAGGAAGAAUGGUCGCCAGAGCCGGAGUCAGAAGCCAGGAGGAGUCUUAUGUGAUAAGCCGCCACCUCCUGGGGGAGGAGCCGCAGAGGGCUGAAAGCCUAAGAUGGAUUGCAGCACAUGGAGCAGCACAAGGUCUGAGAAAA